UGGAGGUGGCAGCACAAGGGCUCUGUGUGCCAUGGAGCAGGUGGGCACAGAGGAGCAGGCAGUCAGCAGCAGCGUAGCUGGGAAGGACCUGAGGAAUGAUGUGGCCAACGCGGAGGCAGCAGUCCCUGCACUGGGCAGUACGGGUCGUGCACUGCAUUGGGCCCCACUCAUCUGCUCCACGGUCGGCCUCAACCAGGAUAUCUUCAAAAUUUGUAAGGAGUACUUGAGGCCCUUCAAGAGGUCACUCAGGAAGCUGCACUUGCCCCAGCAGCUCUCCAGGAAGAAGAAAUUGAAGUACAUGAAGGAAAGCGUGACCAUAAUUGGGGACCGCAUCAACUUGUUCCUCCAGCAGCACUGCAGAGCCUCAGAGGUCCGGCACUGGAAGAAGAUGAUGUGGAGGUUCGCCUCCCUCUUCUCAGACAAGGAUGAAAAGCAGCUGCAGAAGCUGUAUAAAUACAUCCAGAGAAACAAGAUGCAAAAGUUCCAGCUGUUAUGCUGCCCUUUAGAAAGUGAAGAUCCAGAUCCUGGAAGAAAGCUGAACGAAAUCACAGGGAACAAUUGGGCAGCAGCUGGGGAUGCAGUGGAGGCAGCAGCCACACCAACAUCCCUCCCCUGCCGCUGCCCAGCAGUGAGUCCAGCUGCCACAUAGUCAGGUAUGUUGGCCAAUCAGAACUCCCAGCAGUCCAGUUCCUCCAGCCCAAAGCCUGACAUCCACAAACCCCAAAGGGAGAAGGAAGAAGGAGCAAUUACUGGCAAACCCUGCGCUGGGCAGGUGCCACAGACCCAUGUGCACCUAUUUUCAAGCUCCCACGUGUCUCGUGGGUGUUCGCAUGCACUCAGGAACCAUCUUGCAUUUCAUCUUCUCUCUCCCAAACCGCUUUGUUUACUUCUAAAGGAGUUCAAUCUGUUGUCAGAUUGCUGUAUACCAUUGCUUGUUCAUAUGUAACAGCUACAUUUUACCAGCUUGAAAUUCAAAUGGGUUAAAAUGAAAGUCAAAAAACAAGAAUGAACCAGACAGCAAGAGCCAGGAGGUGGGAAGGAUUCCCACACCAACCUGGUCAGGCAGCCUUCCACGUGUCUGCUGUGCUGCAGGAAUGGAGAAAACAGCACCUGGCUGCUUGUGUAGGGACACAAAGCAUGUGCCAUACGGGGAGCCGCUCUCAUUGAGAUACAUGGAGGUUUUGGGGCUGCUGGUGGCUUGAGGUCCUGGGUCAGCUCCCCUCUUCCACUGCUGAGUCAGCAGGAA